AUGUCUUACGCUGACUCAUGGCUCAAGUUUGAAGAGUCUCUGGGCGGCACUCGCCCCGUUCUUAGGGGCUCUGCGGAAGAGAUGAGGAGUCAGUACGACGGACUCAACUCGCUCCUUGCAUCUCAAUCUCCUCCUUCUCCAGAAAAUAAGUUGAAGAUCAGUGAUGGGGAAGUAGCUGGGGUUGUAUAUCGGACCUACACACCUUUUGGCUCUGAAACCAAGAAAUUGCCCAUCGGUGUCUUCUAUCACGCUGGCGGUUUUGUUGUAGGAGAUCUUGAUGCGGAGGAUAGCUUUUGUCGAAACAUAGCACUCAAAGCCAAUGUGGUUAUUCUGAGUGUUGGAUACAGAUUAUCUCCUGAACACAAGGCUCCGACACAUUUAGAGGACGCAGUAACUCUUUACGAGUGGGCUUACAACAAUGCCGAGAUCAUUGGCGGCGAUUAUUCCAAUAUGUUGACCAUAGGCACCUCAGCUGGCGGUGGGCUUUCGCUUGCAGUUGCUCGAAAGGUGAUCCUCGGUCAAACCACCGUUCCUCCUGACACUAUUAAGGGAGUUGUUGCACUAUGCCCAGUGGCUUUCCACCCACGAAACAUCCCGACAAAGUUUCAGGCGCAACACUCGUCCUAUAAGGAAAACAAAGACAACGUACCCAUAGUGGAUGAGGAAUCUUUGUUGCAGAUGUUCGACAACACAGGCAUCAAGCCUGACGACGAGAGCUACUUUCCACUGCUGGAUGAUAGCUGUUUGAAAGUGUUCCCUCGGACAUACAUCGUAACCUGUGGCAUGGAUCCACUGCGGGAUGAUGGAACGGUCCUUCAUGAAAGUCUCUCCUCUGCAGGGGUGGCUACCAAGAUUAACCACUAUGGUAAUAUGCCUCACUGUUUCUGGAUAGUUCCAACCCUACCCGAAACUGAGGUGUUCUUGAAUGAGUUAAUAAGCGGAGUUAACUGGACCAUCAAAGCUGGUAAUUAG